UCCAGCAACAACAUGCUGUACCCCAAGGAGGACAAGGAAAACCGGAUCCUGCUCUACGCCUGCCGUAACUGCGACUACCAGCAAGAGGCCGACAACAGUUGUAUCUACGUCAACAAGAUCACGCACGAAGUGGACGAGCUCACGCAGAUCAUCGCCGACGUCUCCCAGGACCCCACGCUGCCCCGCACCGAGGACCACCCCUGCCAGAAGUGA